AUGAGCAUCACCAACUACGACAUCCACAAUCUCGGGGACAGCAACAUACACUCCCGCGCCGAGAACCCUGCCUUCAUAUCGAGCAAGUUAGCCAAGUCAAAAUCGAAUACAACUCGCGCUACUAUGGCAGUCUUGCCAGAAGACCACGACAAUCUUAGGACCGACUGCAAAAAACGCGAACAAGAUGCUUGCAGCUACGGCCUGAAUGAGCAUCAAUUUCCACCAAAGAAGGAGCCAUGCCAGCACGAAGAGUGUUUCAAGACACCUACGAUUAUCGAUAAACAGAACGCGAAGGAGGGCGGAGAGCAGGAGAAGGAGGAAAGGCAGGACGGUGGAAAGAGUCCAGGAAACUGA